AUGGCAAAGGAAGAAUUCUUCAAGUAUAUUAACCCAGCACCUCUAUCUCAAAGACUGGCAACUCGAGAUGGCUGCAUCUACAUGUAUCGGCUUAUGAAGUUUAUUGGUUGGAUACCACCAAAGGAAGGACAACGGCGUUAUCUGUACUUUAUAUGGACAUUUACAACGUUCGCAUUAGGAACUAUUUAUCUACCAGUGGGAUUUGUCCUAAGCUUCGUUAAGGAGCUCGACAAGUUUACCACAGAUGAGUUUCUCACCUCAUUGCAGGUGUCCAUAAAUUCAUGCGGUAGUUCAGUAAAGUGUUUAAUAUUAUACAUUUAUCUGUGGCGUCUCCGCAAGACCGAGAAUAUCUUAGACGAACUAGAUAAACGGAUUGUGAAAGACAGGGAACGUCAGAAGGUACACGAAACUGUGGCACUCAGCAAUUAUAUAUUCUUAAUCUUCACUAUCAUUUACAACGGCUAUAUUGGCUAUAUGUGUCUGUCCUACGUGGCUAGCGGAAGAGCACCUUAUUCGGUGUACAAUCCAUUUUUAGACUGGCGCGACAGUCAAAUAAACUUAUAUAUUCAGGCAACCUUUGAGUAUAUCAUUACGUCCAUUGCAGUGACACAAAAUCAAUUAUCCGACACAUAUCUGCUAGUAUUUAUGAUUUUGAUUCGCGGCCAUUUUAAUUUAACAAUGGAUCGUGUGCGGGAUUUACGAACGGAUCCCAGCAAGACAGAGGAAGAAAACUACGAGGAUAUGGUAAACUGCAUCAAGGAUCACAAGAUGAUUUUACAAUGCUGCAAUAUGAUACGUCCUAUUAUAUCAGGCACGAUUUUUGUGCAGUUUGGACUCAUCGGCUCCGUGUUGGGACUGUCCCUGAUUAACAUAUUCUUUUUCUCAAAUUUAUGGCGUGGUUUGGCGUCAAUUUUAUUUGUUAUCGCUGUUUUAAUGGAGACAUUUCCUUUUUGUUACAACUGCAACUUACUUAUUGACGACUGCGAGGAAUUUGGAAUCCGGAUGUUUCAGUCCAAUUGGAUUGACGCAUCUCCGCGCUAUAAAUCAACUCUUAUUCAUUUUUUGCAUCAAGCCCAGCAGCCGAUUGUUUUUAUAGCUGGUGGUAUUAUUCCCAUUACGCUGAAUAGCAAUAUUAUAGUGGCCAAGUUUGCAUUCAGCAUUUUCACCAUAGUACGGGAGAUGAAUCUUGCCGAACAGUUUAAAUAAAA